AUGCAAAAAAAUGAAGAACCAGCGACUUCAGGUGACAGCGGUGACGAGAGCGGCAGCGAGCCUGAGUCGCCCAGCGAGAAGAUCAUGCAAAAUCAUAAACAAGAUUGGCCAUGUAACGAGGAUCGUGAUGUUAAAAGAGAUUUAAAUGCUAACGACAAUCUACCAUCAACUUCUACUUCAAAUCCAGAGCAAGAGAGCAGCAAGUCAAGUCAACCGUCUUUACCCAAGAUAUUGCCGAAAAUAGAUCUUCCGGGUGGUGCUAUGUUGUAUCACUCGAGUGUCCUUACAGGGUUAGAUGGCCUUGGAAGUAAUUUGGGUCUUGGAAAUUUGGCUAUGGGAUACCCUCAUAGUUUCAUCUUGGGAUUGGCUAACCAGGGACAAGAAGGAGCGUCAUCAUCUACGAACCAGCCCCAGUUCAUAACCAUACCGCUGUCGAUGGCCAUGGCGGCUGCGUCAGGGCCGGCCAACGGAUGUGCCUCGAGUGAUGACAGCAGCGAGCUACAGGACCUCAGCACUGGGGGACGGAAG